CCGUUAGGAGAGCAUUCAGCAUCAGCUGUUCAACACUGGUCUCUCAUUGCUGGAAGUCGGGGCUGAAUCUGUCACAUGACAGAACUGGAGGCAGAGAUCUAGAGAAAAGGCACAGCAUUUCGGCUUGCACCGCCAUACUGUAUUUUGAGCCAUAUCACAUUUUUAUUGCAACAUUUUACUCCCGCUCGGUGAGUACAUUUCCAAUGGCUUUUUUGUAAGCAUUUUUUGUCUUUUUAAUUGCCCCCUUUUUUAUUUUUCCUCCUUUUGCUGGUGUUUGAAUUUGAGCAUUGACAUGGUGGUUUUGAGCGUUUUUCACAACCAGGCUUCAAGUUUUUAGCAUGCAGUUAUUCUGAUCGAGAGUGCCAAGAGGGUAAACGGGUGCGAUAUCGGUCUUGAGAAAGCCUUUACUUGCUUGCAGUUUUGUUUCGAGGGUCGAAACCAAGCAGCUUUUGUCAGUAUUGAGAUUUUUCAAACAUUUAUAGGUGGUUUUGAAACAUUUUUAUUUUUUUGUUUCUGUCGACUUUUGCUGUUGCUAUGCUUUGGUUUGCAUUUUGCAGUGUUGUUUGUUGCCUUCGAGUUUUGUGAUUUUGAUGUCUCGGUGAAUCACACCGAUCAAACCCUUUGCUUUUACUUUGUUCCUCUUUUCUUUAUAAAAAGGAGUCCUUUUUAAAGCCUGAUGACGUUUUAACGUGAUACUUUUCUUGCAGCUGAGCUCACAGGUUUGUUGUUUUUGUGUUUCUCUCUUUUUUCGAUUUCAUUAUACUUUUGCUGGUGGCAGUGUCAAGUAUUUUUGGAUGUUAUCAUUUUUUGACUAGAUGAUGCUGGGUGGACGAGGGGAGUUUUGAUUCUUGGGGCAGUUCAAUGCGUUUUUGUUUUCUGUGUCAACGAGGAUGAACAGACAUUUUCCCUUUUGCAGGAGGGAAAUUGGAGGAGAAUGACUGGUAAAAUCCAGACCAGCAACGUGACCAACAAGAAUGACCCUCGCUCCCUAAACUCCAGAGUCUUUAUCGGCAACCUCAACACAGCCAUCGUCAAGAAGACCGACAUAGAGGUCAUCUUUGCCAAGUACGGGAAGAUAGUGGGCUGCUCUGUGCACAAGGGUUACGCCUUCGUACAGUAUUUGAACGAGAGGAACGCCCGAGCAGCUGUGGCUGGAGAAAAUGCCCGUAUCAUCGCUGGACAGCCUCUUGACAUAAACAUGGCAGGCGAGCCAAAGCCAUACAGGCCUAAAGCAGGCUCCAAACGGCCACUCUCAGCUGUUUAUAGUGGUUAUGAAUUUGAUUACGAGUACUACAGGGACGACUUCUACAGCAGGCUGUUUGACUACCAUGGCAGAGUGGCCCCCCCACCCAGAGCCGUGAUCCCCCUGAAACGCUCCAGGGUGCUCGCUCCAUCCUCCCGCCGUGGGAAGACCUCCUUCCCCGUCAAAACAUCCUCCUCUUCCUCCUCUUCAUCCUCCAGACCUCCCACAUCCUCCUCCUCCUCCGGGCUCAAACUGAAGACGGACCAGCUUCAGACUAUUAAACGGGAGCUGACUCAGAUCAAGAUGAAGAUCGACUCUUUGCUGGGACGCUUGGAGAAGAUCGAGAAGCAGCAGAGAGCCGAGUCUGAGGCCCAGAGAAAGUACGAGGACAACUGCGACUCCCUGCAUGAGGAGUCUGUGUCAGAGACGGCCGAAAACUCGGGGGAGGAGGCUGGCGAGGGAGCGCUAGACGUGGAGGCGGGAGAGAUGACCGAUGGAGGCGAGGACGACUACGAUGAGGAGGGCAGCCACCAUCUGAUAGAGAACCAUGUAUCGGAUAUUGACAACUGAGACCAGGAUGAGGCAGCAGAAAUCCCGAGUCACUGGUAUUAGAAUUCAUCAUCACCUUGGAGAGACAGAAUAUGGUUCUCUGAAGGAUCAAGACACCCAUUCUGGACUGUAAGUUGCGUUCAAGAGCUGCUGAAUUACAUUUAGAUGCCCAACUGUGCAGCGCAAACCAAAUGUGAUGCGCUCUCUAAAGAAAAUGUAUCCAAGACCUAUUUUAAUGCAUUGGCCUGAGUUUUCAUCAUUGGUUUCUCUGUGCAAUUUAUAUUUCAUUGCAAGAGGCUGACAGUAUCAUGCGCUACUCCUGUUCCUGAAAAAAAUAAAACGGAAAAGGAAGUAAAUGAAUGUUUUUUUAUUCUGAUUUAUAAAUUAAAUUACGUGAAAAGAAGGGAACAUGUUGUUGAUGAUCAAAUUGUUGCUGCUUUUUAUGAAAUGUGUUUGCGCUGUUUUUCAAUGAAUUUAUGUUUUUGCUCAAACAUCAAAUGAAUAAAUGACACUCAGCAAAACCAUGCGACAGCAGUAUGGUUUUCAGAAAAUGAA